AUGGAUCGAGACCAAAUCAAAGUCUUAGCCGCAGGCUCAGCGAACGGUAGAAUUAAAGAAUUGUUCGCGGGAAUAACAAAGAUUAAUACAAAAUACGGUCCUUUUGACAUGUUGUUAUGUGUCGGCGACUUGUUUGGGGAUGCUGACGAAAACUUGGUUAAUGCUGUUUUGUCCGGAAGCAUUCACAUUCCAAUAACGACGUAUUUCAUGCACGGAAAAUAUAUCCUACCAGCUGCAAUCAGAAAACGAAUUGACGAAAACCAUGGUGACCACGGUAUAGUGACGACAGCUAGCAACGUAACGAUUGCCUUUAUCAGCGGUAUGCUGACUUCCCCUGCACCCGCUCUCCCCACAGACGUUGACAUUCUCCUGACGUACGAAUGGCCAAAGGACAUACAACGUCUAUCCUCACAUGAGAUCCAACCAAACAUUGUUGGAUCAAAAUUUGUGACCGAUCUGGCGAUGUACGUACGACCGAGGUAUCAUUUGGCUACCUCGGAAGGAAUAUUUCUACAACGGGAGCCGUAUGAAAAUGUUGGAAUUGAAGAGGAAAAGAGGAUAUUACAAUUAUUGCGUGAUGACAAUAAUGAUUCAAUGGAGAAGCAAAGUGGUGGAAAAAGAAAGAAAUUAAGGCGGAGAUUUGAUCAUGCUACGUGGUUUGUUGGAUUAGCAGAAGUCGGGAACACACGCAAGGCAAAG